UAAUUGUCAAAUUUAUGCAAGUACUGGUUUUUUAAUUCCCAGAACUAUUACCUUUUGCAUAUACCCCAACAAAAUCACUAGUUUUUCGAAAUGGGUUCCUUUUUCAGUCGACCGAAAGUAUCUCGGGACUCCCUCCUCGCUUACAAGAACUUUCUCCGAUUAUACAGAAUGCAGCACAGAGAAAUGCUGCCGAAUGAUGCGUUUCUGAAUGCAGCCCGUCUUUGGGGCACCUUUUCUCAGGCUCAGCGGAUGCGAUAUGCCCAGAUGAACUGUGCUAUAUCCGAUGUGGUUAUGGCUGAACCCAAGCCGGGGACUGCCAAGACAGCUAGAAAAGGUGUCAAGAAAGAUGCCGCUCGUAAGAGGACCACCAAAAGGAAUGUUACGGGUGCAAUAGGUGAUGCCGAAGUUGAUGAUUCGCCUACCUCAAAUGGUUUUCUCAACUUUGUGGACUUUUACCAAGAGAACCACGGCCAGAUAUCGAAACCCGUGGCCCUGAGACAGGCGGGCCGCGUCUGGAGCGAUAUGACCAAGGAUCAGCGCGACAUUUUCCGCUCGGAGACAUAGGGGAUCCCCCUGAUCCCCUCGAGGCCAUGCCCCAUGCAUGGCCGCCUGUCACGAGAGAAUCCCAUUCGGAAUCAAGCCUAGCCAAGCGGUUACACAAUCGCCGUGAGUUCCGCGCCCCGAACACAUGUAUUCCAGCACGCAAGCGGCGACACGAAAGUCCAAUAGUCAGCCAGGAGCGAAAGUAGGAGUUCUGGCAGAAAACAAACAGAGCCACAAUCACUCACAUUUAAAUUAACAUUUCCCGCCAACGAUUAUCCUAAUUGGGAGCUGGCCUUAGCCUAGUGCCGGCUUCUUCUGGCAGAUGCGGAGCCUUGGCCAUUUGCUACUUACUACUUACGUUUGCCUCGGUGACGGCACGCGAGUCUGCUGAAAAAUGGAUUUAAUGCGACGCGAAACAAGCGCGGCCCCAUAAAAAUGAAAUGCGGAUAAAUCAAAUUAGCAUUUUGUACAAAUAGCAAAGCAUUAGCCUUCGCAUGGCGGCAAUUUGUAAUGCCAGAGCAGAAGUAAGAGGCUCUGGAGCCUGGGAAGAGGACAUGCAAGCGGUUCCUUUCGGGGCCAUGCCCAAAAGUGAUUGCAUAAUUACCCAGUAGAGGUCCUAGACCGUUUUUGUGCCCACACAAUCCCGAAAUGGGAAUUAAAACUAAUGACAAGCCAGACAUCCCGAUUCAAUUAGGCUCCCCUCUCCAGGCCAGGAUGGGCACUCUGGAACUCAAGUACCAGGUCAGCCCCAGGUUUAUGUGGCCCACAUCCUCGCUCUCGGAGCAAACGUUCGUGUUUUACUAGGGCGACUUUAUUGCAACACAAUGGUAUUUUAAGUGCCGACAAUAAACAUGAUUUAUUACCCCGCAAA